CAAGCAAAGUUGAAGAUGGCCUCCGCGAAAGAUGAAAAUUGCAUAAGUCCAUACAGGAGACUUCUCUUGGACACGUCGAUGGAACUGUCUAACAAAGAUCUGGAGCGGUUGAUAUAUGCUGUAGGGGAUCAUCUUCCCAGGAGAUUGACAGAAAACAUAAAAAGUGGACUGAAGUUAUUUGAAGCACUCGAACAAGAUGUUCACAUUGGUCCGCAGAAUCUGACUUUGCUAUAUGAUGGUUUUAAGACAAUCGGUAGAAUGGAUCUUGCGCAGAGAAUUCAGUUUUUUCAAAGAAAACUCCACAGAGCGGAUGAGACUGACGACAGGCGAGAGCGCAUAGAAACUGACGGCGGAAGGGACGGUAGUGAUACGGAACCAAAAGGAAGUGAUAUUGCUGACAAUGGCGCACGAAAAGGUACAGAUACGAAUAAACAUAGUGAACUGGUUCAUUUUGAGUAUCGCUCCAUAAUAAAGAACUUUUUUUAA